CCUCAGUACCUCUGGAUCUACUAUCCGGACCGUUCCCUGCUGAAGACUUGACGUCGGCAUCUGGGCUAUCCGCACCUCCACAGCCACCGUCGCCGACACCAUCAGCACCGCCAGCAACCACAGACAAGCCGCGGACAUCGCCCCGGAUACCAACGUCGACUUGCCCCGCAUCACCCCCUGACCAAACCCCGCCUCUACCCCCAGCCCCCGAGCGCUCUGUCGCAGCUACCCAAGACAGACCCCGCUCUCCAGCGUCGCCGACCCUAUUAGCGUUCUAUGAUGCAACGGCUGUAAAACAACAGCUCGAAUGCAGAGUAUGUACGCUUGAACGACGUCUUCAUCAGAGUGAAAUACAGUGUCGUCGUCUAGCCCGGCAAGCACGUCAAGCACGUAGAUACCGUCGUUUGGUGAGAAAUCUACGUGAAGAACUCAUCGUUAAGGACGUCACAAAUAAAGCUCUGGUGUCAGAAGUUCUGAGGCUCCUAAAACGUCAAGGACCUGGUGGUAACAGACGUCGUGGACUGAUCUGACUGAAGUUCAACCACAGUAAGGUCCAUUUGGAGCCUCAUUAUUUAAAAGCAGUGCUGGGUGAUUGGGGUUUGAGGUUGCUGUUGCACCGCGGGUGAUUGUGUUUUGAGAUUGUUGUUACACCACGGGGUUUGUGUUUUGAGACUGUUGUUUUGUUUAUUAAAUUUUUUAAAUUAUUAUUUUAUAACCAGCACACUACACCACACCUCAUUGACCAGAGUGCCUCGUCAACACGUAUGUUUCUGUCUGACUUGUUUGACGACAUGUCUGAGGAGGAUGUAGUGCAGGUCUAUGAUCCGUGUAUAAACGAAAACAUGGAGUCAAUUUUUUUCGGUGAGAGAGAGGGUAACCGAAUUUUAAAUAUGGUUCCUGCAUCAUCCCGCUAGGGUAGAGCCGAUACCUCUUUAGACAACGAGGAUUGGUUAGAAAGGUUUGUUGAUAAUCUGCAGACGACUGAUUCAGGGACACCUGCUCUUGACCCUCUGGUAGAUGUGUCUGACUCUAACUGUAGCGAUGACAAUGUUGAUGAUGGCGGUGAUUCGGUUCAGGAAGGAUGUUGUCUUGGAGGUACCGGUAUUGAAUCCGAAGUCAUAGAGCCUUUUAACACCGAUAGGAUAAGAAGGGUGCUAAAACGACCUGUUGUACCGGACACUCCUGAUUUAGCUACUUUCUACAGAGGUUUGAUGCAACAGGUCAGGGAGUUGGCUGAUGAAGCACAGAGACUGGCAGAUCGAGAGGAUGUGGUUCAGCUUGAAGUGGUAGGUGAAGAUGUUCAAGAACACGUUAAUGUUGUGGUUGAAGGCGACGGCGGGAAUAUCUUCCCUGCUUUUGAGGACCUCCUUAGCAACACAGUGCAAUCUGACAGAGUCAUCGCUAUGGGUAAGAGAAUUGAAUUAACGGUCCAAAUUGUACAUAACCCUCGAGGAGGCGCUAAACGCAAGCUCGAGAAGACGCUGGAUGCCGAAAUUAUUGGUAAAAAAAGACGACAUCUCUAUGUAGUUGGUGGUGACGGAACCGAGCAGCUUUGCUUCGCAAUCAGCCUUUCUUGUCUCCUUAAUCCUAACCGUGCGUAUCAAGAUUGUGUUGAGUUGGGGAGGAAAUUACAAAACAAAGCUGGUUUAGAUUCUCAAACACCUAUCACGUUCACAGAUAUACCACUGUUUGAACGGAUAGUGAGGCGUGAAAUUGUUGUGUUUCAUAAAACGACAGCAAACCAGCCAUUAGCGUAUUAUGCCACCGGUUUUGCUGAUGGUUCGGAGCCCUUAUACUUGUUUCUACUUCAGGGACACUAUUAUGGGGUGAAGAACCCAAAAGGUUUUUUAGGAACACGUUACUUUUGUGUCAGCUGUCAUAAGGGGUAUGAAGAUAAAUCAAAACACAUAUGCAAAGGUCACUGUAGCGUUUGUCACGAUCCUGUUUGCCCUACAUAGGUCCCAGACCCUGUAACUUGUGACGACUGUCGCAGGGUUUGUAGAACACCUUCCUGCGUUGCGAGACACAAAGAGAUCGGCGCUAACGGCUCGAGUCUCUGCCAGAGAUACAAAAAAUGUGAAAAAUGCGGAAGGUGCUGGUAUAUCCCAUUGCUGCGUUGUGCUUAAAUGUAACAUCUGCGGUGUAAAAUUAUUGUCGACUAACGAGGUCCAUCAGUGCUACAUUCAAACCGUCGCCAGGAAGACUGAGCAUCCUGAUCUGUUUUUUUAUGAUUUUGAAACGUUUACAGACGACCAAGGUAGACAUGUCCCUUUUUUAGUGUGUGUAAAGACGCAGAGAGGUGAAGAACGGGUGUUUUAUGGUCUCGACUGUGUUAGAGCGUUUCUUUUAUAUUUCAGAAAGAACCGGUUUAGAGGCUGUGUUUUUGUUGCGCAUAACGCCAGGGGUUUUGACAGCGUCAUUGUCUUGAGAGGUAUGCUUGAUGAAGGGUUAAUACCUAAGAGGAUAAUCAUGACUGGUAGUAAGAUACUUUGUCUUGAGGAUCCUCACUACAAGCUAAAAUUCAUCGACUCUCUCUCAUUCCUAACCAUGCGACUCAGCUCCAUGCCUAAAGCUCUCGGUUUCACCGACCAAUGCAAGGGUUUUUUUCCACACAAGUUUAGCUCAAAAGAUCAUCUGCAUUACAUAGGGACCUAUCCUCCUCCCUCAGACUACGGCGUUGAGGGCAUGUCAGACCCUGAACAGAGAGAUUUUUACAGCUGGUAUGAAUCUGUGUGUAGGAAUUCUUUCAAUUUCAGGAGUGAAGCUAUUCACUAUUGCAAAAACGAUGUUGACAUUCUGGCCAGAGGAUGCAUGAUAUUUAGAGAGGAGUUUUUUAAAGAAACAGGUGUUGAUGCGCUCUCAUCCGUAACAAUCGCCUCUGCGUGUAUGGCUGUUUUCAGGACCAACUUUUUAAAACCAGACACAUUAGCCAUACCCUGUCCCAACAAUUAUGUAACAAGCGGUAACAAGAGGUUCUCAGAUGCUUCCAUCCAGUGGUUUUAAUGGAAAUCACACAGACAGGGCAUUUUCAUACAACAUGCCUUGAACCAUGGGGAGAUGGCGUUUGGCCAGUGUUUUGUUGACGGUUAUGCUGAAGUUGACGGUGUUAAGCAGGUCUGGGAGUUUUACGGCUGUUUCUUCCACGGCUGUCCUUCAUGUGCUGAUCCUCAAGCCGUCUGCCCAUUAAGAGGUAGACCAUAUGGCGAAUUCUACUCUGCUACAAUGGAGAGAGAGCAGACGUUAAAGUCUAAUCACGAGGUGCGUCUUAUUACCAUCUGGGAACACGAAUGGCGUUCUCUUCAACAAUCGUGUGAUGAUCUCAGAGAUUUUCUCUUAGAUUUUGACACCCCUGAGCCUCUCAACCCUCGUAAUGCCCUCUACGGAGGUAGAACCAGUGCUUUAAAGUUGCGUUACACGACAAAGCCUGGUGAAAAAGUUUUUUACGCCGAUGUCACCUCUCUGUAUCCUUACGUCAACAGCACGUGUUCGUACCCCCUAGGUCACCCCCGCAUAAUCCACAAGGACUUUGGCGAUCCCAGACAGUACUUUGGUCUGAUCAAGGCGGUUGUCUAUCCUCCUACAGGUUUAUAUGUACCUGUUUUACCCUAUAGAGGACCAGGGGGUAAAUUACACUUCACGUUAUGCAGUAUCUGUUCAAGUCGUAAUGCUCAAGACAGUGACUGUACGCAUAGCGAUGACGAGCGUGCUUUGAUGGGGGUCUGGGUCUCGGUUGAGUUCAACAAGGCUCUGGACAAGGGAUACAAGGUGGCCAAGAUUAUCGAAGUAUGGCAUUUUGAUAGAUCUAGCGAUUGUAUUUUCGCAGGUUACAUCCGUACAUUCCUGAAGGGCAAGCAGGAGGCUUCUGGUUACCCUGCCGAGGCCGUUGAUCAGGAAAGCCGCGACAAAUACAUUCGGGAUUAUCAAGCCCAUCAGGGGAUUUUGCUUUGUGCUGAUAAGGUUUGUCACAACCCAGCAAAGAGACAGGUGGCUAAGGCUUGUCUUAACAGCCUGUGGGGCAAGUUCUGUUAGAGGGAGAACAUGUCUCAGGUUUCUGUAGUGUCAGACCCCAACGAGUUUUUCAGUUUCUUGUUUUCAGGGAAAUACGAGGUCAGCUACUUUAACGUGUUGGAUGAGAAAAAAGUUGUGAUCCAGUGGCGUUACAAGGGUCUCUACCCUCCUGGUAAAAGCAGCAAUGUUUUUAUCGGCGCUUUCACCACUGCUUAUGCUCGUCUGAAGUUGUACAGUUACAUGGAGAAAUUGCAGGAGAGUGUUCUCCAUGUUGACACAGACAGCUUGAUAUAUGUGGUGAAAGACGGCGAGACACCUUUAAAAUUAGGUAACUAUCUCGGUGAUCUGACUGAUGAACUCGAUGGGGAUAGCAUCGAGGACUUUGUUUCGGCGGGUCCUCAGACGUAUGCUUAUAAGACCAAAAGACAGAAGAAGGUUGUGAUGAAGGUUAAAGGUAUCACGCAAACAAAAGAAUCUUGUCAGCGGAUAAACUUUGACUCCGUCAGAGAUCUUGUAGAGGGCUAUUUGCAGAAUUCACCUGAUGGGGUGCUUGAGACCCAGCAACGCAACAUUGUCAGGGAUAAAAAGAACAUCACUUUAAAAAACAGAUCAGUUACGAAAAAACUCCGGGUCGUGUACGAUAAGAGGCGCUUGUUUUCGGACGGCACAACCAAACCUUUCGGGUUCUGAGUUUUGAGUGGAUGAGGGGUCACUAUGGAAGGAAUUAAUUUCGAUCCGCGUUUGAAAACACCAUUUUCAUGUCUAGUGGUGGGACCGUCGGGGUCGGGAAAGACCCAUUUUGUAAAAUGUAUACUUGAAAAUUGUGAACAUGUUAUGGAUGAUGUCAAUGUAAAUAUUGUAUGGAUUUAUACUUCUUUUCAA